UAUCGGGCACAAGAUGCAAACAAUGAAAAAGCGGGAAAAGUUUGUUUUCACACUCGAUACUACUCAAAAUGCAGAGGAAUCUACGAAUGAAGAAGGAGUUACAAAUGUUUGUACAAUCACCCCCUCACGGAGUAUCGUGUUGGACGAAUGAUGAAGACAAUAUGACACAGUUAACCGCUCAAAUCAUUGGAGGUGAAGGAACACCUUAUGAAGGUGGAAUUUUCAAGUUGGAAAUCCAAAUACCUGACAGAUAUCCAUUUGAGCCUCCCAAAGUAAACUUUUUGACACCCAUUUACCACCCAAACAUUGACAGUGGGGGAAGAAUAUGUCUGGACACUCUGAAGAUGCCCCCAAAGGGAGCUUGGAAACCAUGUUUGAAUGUGUCCACAGUGCUGACAAGUAUCCAGCUCUUGAUGGCUGAACCUAAUCCAGAGGACCCCUUGAUGACCGAAAUAGCUAAUGAAUUCCAGUACAACAAAUCUGUGUAUCUCCAGACAGCAAGAGAGUGGACAAAGAAACAUGCCAUGGAUGAUGUUGUACAAGUCACAAAGUCAUCCUCACCGGAAUCAAAAUCACCAGAAUCAAAAGGUUUGUGCUCAGUAACUGAUAAAACUAAAGAGCUCAAAAGAACUCAUCCUCCUCAGCCAUUAGACGACAUGACAAACAAAAAAGUCAGAAACUGAUUGGUGGGAAGGCUUAUGUACACGUAGCCAUUGAAUCAAAGAGCUUCAUUCCAGCAGCCUAGGACUUACAGUCUUCGUACAAGCUGCGUGAUUGUCAAAGCAUCCAAGAGGCUUAACUUGUACAUUUAAGUGAACAUGAUUAUUGUACUGUAGUUGUGUGUAUUUUGCAAGGUAUUUCUGAAGUACCCGAAGCCCUGAAUGAAGAGGUUUGCUUUGUGUUCAAGUGAUGAAGGGAAAGCUAUGGGUACUAAAUAAUUUAUUAACCCACAGUGCAUUAAAACAUAGACACAAGUUAUAUUUAUGUACAUCUGAGUAUAUUAUAGCAUUUAAUGCAUGGAUAUUAAAAAGUUAUCCUAGAAAUGUACAGUGUGCACGUGUUACUGAUAAUACUGAUAAUACAAAAUUACAUGAAGCUUUCAGAGGAAUAAGCAGUGAGCAUGAGUGAGUGUCUGCUCUAAUUUAUUACCGAGUUGUAAAUCAUGCAGUCAAACACUUGGUACAUGUACGUACAUUACAAACUUUUGAUUUUCCAUAUAAUGUGGGUUUUCACAUGGUAAUACAUUGUAUAAUUCUUCGAUCUUUGAUUAAACUACAUGUAAGCAUCAAAUCCAUGAUUUUUGAAAUCAGAUUCUAGACAUGUACUUGUACAUAAAUGAGGAUGUGUAAAAAAAACAUUGAAGUCAUAAAUUAAACUUGUAUGCAGUAUUUGAAAUAAGGAAUGAAAAUGAUGCACAAUUUUUUGGUUUUUCAUACAUUAUGUUUGAUAAAUUCUCUUCGAAAGAAAAAGAGAGAUAAAUUUAAAUGUAAAAUGAACUCAUGAUUUCUCAUGUUCUCUUGCAUUGGUGAACACAUCUUUCAUUUAAUAUGAGGUAUAUGUUUGCUAUAAUUAUUAAAUGCAAUAUAACAUGUACGGUACUUCUUGGGGAAUAUGCAACUCUUUUUAAAAUAAAUGUACCAUUCAACGG